CGCCACUGAGUCCCGCGGGUCGUCGGCGCCCGCGCACCGGGGCGACCAGCGCGGCUCCGCGCGCCCGGCUCCGCCGCCGCGGCCCGGCAGGUCCCUCUACUGUAGGGCUCGACUAGCAGAUCGCCUCUUGCCUUGUGAAUCCCCUUCCGCGGCUCCUGCCCCGUGGGCUUCUGAGCCAUGGCCACGGAGGAGAAGAAGCCAGAGACGGAGGCUGCAAGAGCACAGCCCACCCCUUCCUCGUCGGCCACCCAGAGCAAGCCCACACCUGUUAAACCCAACUACGCACUAAAGUUCACCCUGGCUGGCCACACCAAAGCUGUGUCCUCCGUGAAAUUCAGCCCGAAUGGAGAGUGGCUGGCAAGCUCGUCUGCCGAUAAACUCAUUAAAAUUUGGGGAGCCUAUGAUGGAAAGUUUGAGAAAACCAUAUCUGGUCACAAGCUGGGAAUAUCUGAUGUAGCCUGGUCAUCGGAUUCCAACCUCCUUGUGUCUGCCUCUGACGACAAGACGUUGAAGAUAUGGGACGUGAGCUCGGGAAAGUGUCUGAAGACCCUGAAGGGGCACAGCAACUACGUCUUCUGCUGCAACUUCAACCCGCAGUCCAACCUCAUCGUCUCAGGGUCUUUUGACGAAAGUGUGAGGAUAUGGGACGUGAAGACCGGGAAGUGCCUCAAGACCCUGCCCGCUCAUUCAGAUCCGGUGUCAGCCGUCCAUUUUAAUCGAGAUGGAUCCUUGAUAGUGUCAAGUAGCUAUGAUGGUCUCUGCCGCAUCUGGGACACCGCGUCGGGCCAGUGUCUGAAGACGCUCAUCGAUGAUGACAACCCCCCGGUGUCCUUCGUGAAGUUCUCUCCAAACGGCAAAUACAUCCUGGCGGCCACGCUGGACAACACACUGAAGCUCUGGGACUACAGCAAGGGGAAGUGCCUGAAGACGUACACUGGCCACAAGAAUGAGAAAUACUGCAUAUUCGCCAACUUCUCUGUAACUGGCGGGAAGUGGAUCGUGUCUGGCUCCGAGGAUAACCUCGUGUACAUCUGGAACCUGCAGACCAAGGAGAUCGUGCAGAAGCUGCAAGGCCACACAGAUGUCGUGAUCUCAACGGCUUGUCACCCCACGGAGAACAUCAUCGCCUCCGCUGCCUUGGAGAACGACAAGACGAUUAAGCUGUGGAAGAGCGACUGCUGAGUCCCAGGCCGCGCAGAGGCUGCAGUCACAAGACCUGGAUCGGCAAGAAGCGUGCGCGUGGCCGGGGCCUCGGGGGCCUGGGGGACCUGGGGGACAGGGGGACAGGCCCGAGCGCGGCUCCUCUCCGAAGGCGCUGGCAGAGGGGAUGUGCCGCCCGCCGCCGGAAGGUUCUACCAGUCGCUGGGACAUUUCUUGCCACUUGUUUAUCCUCGUCCACGCCGGAGUUCCUGGUCUGUUCUGUGCUCAGAGGCAACACAAAUUUUUAAUUUUGUAUUACACAAGAGUGACGUUCAAUUUAUCAUGGGUUGUGUUUUUUCCAGUAAAUGUUCUGUACCCUUUUGAUACCUUCCUGACGUGAAGCUGUGGUCAGGCCCCUCGGGGCCCGGGCUGCCCCUGCCCCCCGCAGGCCAGGCCCGGGGUCCCCAGAGAGCUCAGCCGGGUGCCCUGUGUCACUCCUAUUCCCAGGGCUGGCAGUGGGCUGCCGAGGGUGCCCACAGCCGGGGGCACGGGGUGGGGUUUGGGGUGUGCUGUGGUUCCUGAGUUCUGAUGUGCGCUCUCUACCUAGCUUGAGGAAGUCCCCCGCAGGGCUGAGGCUGAAGGGGCCUCCCCCCACCCACCAGCUGCGCCUCCCAACGGCCAGCUUCCUGUGGGCCCCGCUUCUUCACUGGCGGGGGGCCGGGCCUGAGGUGGCCUUUCUGGUGCUGUGGUGUGGGGGGACUGUGGCUCUUCUAGUCAGUCAGAUCGGGCCAGGAUGAGCAGCUUGGGAGGGCCACCGCUCUUCCCGUCCCUCCCUGCCAACCCCACCGCCCCUCACGGCCGCACACAAUCCAUCCUAACCGUGUGGGGAGGGGGUGUCGGCCUGCCGCAGUGCAGCCCAGUCCAGUAGCCAGGAUGGGGGGGAGGGCUCGGAUAUGGACCAGGCAGCUUGGCCUCCGGGAGCUCUCCAGAGCCGGCCACCAGGGUAGGGGCGGCUCCCUGGCUGAAGAGGCCCGCCACUGCCCUGGCGGCUUCUGGGUGUGGGUCUGAGCCUCGUGGAGCCUCUGGAGGGCCGGGGGCGGGGGUUCCAGCCCUGUCCUCACAGGGCCGCCCUCCCUGGAGGGACGGAAGCUUGCUGUGUCCAGAGCUCUGUUCCCGAGGAUAGUUUAUUUUUUCUACAGUUGAACUCUGUUGUAGAUUUGUGUAAAAAGACAUUCUUUUUGAAAAUAAAGAUUUUCAUGUCUU